AUGGCGGGUGAAGGAGUAGCAGUACUAGAUAGUGAUUUUCAGUGUGACAUCAAAUCGCUCCUUGCUACUCCCCAAAGGGACUUCCUCAUCCGAAACAAUGGAGAACAGGUUAAAAUUGACAGCUUGAGUGGAAAGAUCAUUGCCAUUUUAUGUGGCUCUUUCUCACCUCCUUAUCAGCAUCAACAAUAUUUUCUUAAUUUAGUAGAAACCUACAAUGAGUUCUCUCCGAGAGGCGAAUUCGAGGUUGUGUACAGUUCAAGAUUUGAUUAUGGGACAUUCCAUGAGGUGUUAUCGUAUAUGCCAUGGCUUGCAGUCCCAAAUACUGAGCAUGAAACCCGAACGCGCAUUUGGGAAGAGCUUAAGAUGGCCGGAAUAGUCAACAUUGUGAUAGUUGAUGCAAGUGGGAAGGUCUUGUGCAAAAAUGCAUUUGAAGCCGUAAAAGAAUAUGGAAUAGAAGCUUACCCUUUUACUCCGCAAAGGAUCAAAGAGAUUGAGGAGCAAGAAGUAGCUGCACAGAAAGACCAGUCCUUGAUGUCUCUGUUCGUCUCACGCUCACUGGACUUUGUAAUUACAAAUGAUGACCGAAAGGUACCUGUUUCUGAGCUUGAUGGGAAGAUGGUUGGUCUGUAUAUUCGGUCUGUAGAAAGACCAUUGUUUGAAUUCACCCCUAGUCUGGUUGAAGUCUACAAGAUUUUGAAGGAGAGAGGAGAAAACUUUGAGAUUGUGUUCGUCUGCUUAGAGAAUGAAAAUGAAAGCGACGGCUUAUACAAGCAAGACUUUGAAAGCAUGCCCUGGUAUGCCUUGCCCUACCAGGACAGAAGAUGCAAGAAGCUAGCUCGCUACUUUGGUUUCAAACCAACUACAAUGUACCAUACCCCCGCACGCCCACCAAUCCUAGUUGUAAUUGGCAGUGAUGGAAAAAUUUUAAACCAAAAUGUAGCAGAAGUUGUUGAAGAACAUGGAGUUGAAGCCUAUCCUUUCACGCUAGAAAGAUUGGCAGAGCUGGAGGAGGUAGGUAAGGCAAAACAGGAAACUCAAACGCUCAAGUCACUUUUGGUUUCAGGGAACCAUGAUUUUUUGCUUGGAGAUGGUGAUACUAAGGUACCAGUGUCUGAUCUUAGUUCAAAGAAAAUGGUUCCUGUGUCUGAUCUUGUGGGGAAGACCAUCGUUCUUGUCUUUCUAGAAAGGUGUAGUGAAAAUGCUGACUCCAUUGUGCAAGAGCUAACCGAAUUGUAUGAUGAGAUUAAAGAGAAAGAUGAUGCAUUUGAAAUGAUUUUAGUCCCUUACAAUAUUGAUGGUCAUUACGACCUUAAUUAUUAUCCACCCUGGUACAUUCGUUUAACCUUUCCAGGACUGAUAGUACCCUUUGGUGAUGAGAGAAUAAAAUCCCUGAGUCGCAAAUUCAAGUUCUAUGGAAACACUAUGUUUGUAGUUCUUGGACCAACAGGGCGCACACUUAGAAAAGAAGAUGCAUGGGAUAUUUUGACCACUCAUGGGGCGGAAGCUUUUCCUUUCACUGAUGAUCAUUUGAGGGAUAUUGAGGCACGUUUUGUGCAGAUGGCAAAGGGUUGGCCUGAAGAAGAGUUGCAUAUUGAAUACUGUAGUUCAGCAACCUAUACCUAUGACAUUGUGCUAACCCGUACAGGGUGUUACAAAUGUUGUAUGAGACGUUCAUGCAAAGUUUGGCCCAAUGAAUAUGGCCGUGGUUGGACAUAUUUUUGCAAAGAAUGCAAUUUUUAUUUGCAUCCAGAAUGUGCUUUGAAGGAUUACUUAGAAAAUAGUGUGGAGGAAGAUGAAGUAUACACAACAGAACAGUCACUGAGAUCUGCUUUAUUCUCAUGCUCAUGUGAUUUUCUGAUAUCAUAUAACGGAAAUAAGGUACCUAUCUCUGAGCUUGAAGGGAAAAUUGUAGGACUAUAUUUCUUCUCUUCAAGUUACAAAACUACCACCGAAAAAGAUGACUUUUAUUGUGAAGUCAUAAACCUUUAUGAGAACUUGAAGAAAAGGGAAGUGAAUUUUGAGAUUGUGUUAGUCCCCCUUGAUGUAAUUUACUAUGAUUACAAGAAAUAUUUUGGAGGCACACAAUGGUUUUCAGUGCCAUACAAGGGCAAAUGCCGUGAGAAAUUGGCUUGUUAUUUUCACAUUCCACCUGAAACUGUUCUAAUGAUUUUUGGCUCAGAUGGAAAGAUAGUUAGUUCAAAUGCUGUCAGCAUCAUUGAAAAGUAUGGAUACAAUGCUUUCCCAUUUACCUCAGAAAGAUAUGCAGAGCUUGCAGGGAUGGUAAGAGCAAGAGUUGAAGAACAGACACUUGAGUCAGUUUUGAUUUCAUGGGAGAAAGAUUUUGUGAUUAAUAAAGAUGGAGCCAAGUUUCCAGCGAUUGACCUCGUGGGUAAGAACAUUCUCCUUUUUUUCUCAGAUUCUGACGCAUCUGGUAAUUUUGAAACUGAAAUGGUGGUAGACUUGCUGAUCGAAGCAUAUAAAGAAAUUAAGGCAAAGGAUGAUGCAUUUGAAGUAAUUCACAUCUUAGAUGAAGGUUUUGCUUUUGAUCAUUUAUUUUUAAGAGUCCCGUGGCUAGGACUCCCGCGUGGCGAUAGGCGGAUACAUCAUGCACAACUUGCUUUCCAAAUCCAGAAGCGUGUUGAUUACCCUGCUAUGAUAGCUCUUGGGCCAAAUGGCCACCCCAUAACAAGGAAGGCCAAAGAUCUUAUUUUGUUAUAUGGUGCUGAUGCAUAUCCUUUUACUGACGAGCAUAUAGUAGAAGUUAAAGCACAGACUGAAGAAAUGGCAAUGGACUGGCCUAGGAAGUUGAAGCAUGGUCUCCACGGGAAUUAUGAUCUAGUGCUCCAAAACAUUAUGCUAUACAGUUGCAAAGAGUGCACAUUUGGAGGAGUGUUGUGGACUUCUUGUUGUCAGGGGUGUAAUUCUAAAUACCAUCCUAAUUGUGCUUUGGGGAAAGACGUUGGUGCCCAUAAAUGUGAGUUGCCUUGUGAAUAUUAUUUUUCUAGCCCAAAGGCUGAAAGACCAUGUAUAAUGGAUGAUCAUACUUAAAACCAUGAAGAGUACUGUUUUCU